AUGCCAAACCUCGCAUUAGCUAGAAUCCGCAAAGACCUGAUCGGGACCUGGAAACUCGUCUCCUAUACCAGCAAACCAGCUGGAAAAGACGGUCCUAUCGAAUAUCCCCUAGGCAAAGAUGCCAAGGGCUACAUCAUCUACACAGCAGAUGGGUACAUGUCCGCGCAAAUCAUGAGACCUGGAUCAAAAUUUUAUUCUUCUCUUGACCCGUUCGCAACUGCUGAUGACGAGGCUGCUGAUGCUGCACGCCAUUAUCUUGCCUAUAACGGUCCCUUUGAAGUCAUUGAGCAUGAAGGAAAGGUUGCUGUGAAACACCAUGCAGACUUAGCGCUGGUGCCGAAUUGGGUGGGCAGCCAACAACUCAGGUUUUGCGAGUUGGAGGGCGAUGAGCUUGUUUUGAUGCCUACGCAGCCAUGGAUAUUGAAUGAUCAGUUCACCGAGUCCCCAAAACGCAAACGAUGCCUGAUGAGUCAUCUCACGCUGGCGUCUUGGGCCUCAGUUGUGCCGUGCAGCUGUCUCGAUCUGGCCACAGCGUCACAGUCAUCGCUCGAGAUCUCCCCGGUGACUCACACAUUGACUAUGCUUCCCCAUGAAAAUCCCGAAUGUGGCGUAAAGUUUGUUCCAGCCAUUGAAUACUUUGAUUCCGCUGAUGCAGACUCCUUUCUCGCUAAGGAGAAUGGCUACAUCGACUGGCCCGAUUUUCGCAUUCUUAAGUCGGAAGAAUAUCCUGUGCAUCAUGAGCCGAUCAAUUUGGGAGUCACCUACCGCAGCUGGGUCUUAAAUUCUCCAGUAUACUUACAGUGGUGCCACAAGCAGGCUAAAGAGCAGGGUGCCCAGUUCAUUCGUGCUAAUGUAGUAUCCAUGGAGGAAGCGAUUUCCAUCUUUCAAGGCCAAAGUCAAGGAAGUGACGCAGACGAUAUCCAGGCUGUAAUCAAUGCGACAGGUCGUGGACUAAAUGAUCCUGACUCUUUUCCAUCACGCGGUCAAUUCAUCAUAGUGUCUAAUCAGUGCGACAAGACAAUCAGCCAUCAUUGGGCAGAUGGCUCGUCGACAGUGAUAAUUCCCCGACCCCUAGGAGGAGGCACGGUAAUUGGUGGGACAAAGGAGCCUAACAGUUGGUCUGAGGAUAUCUCUGAUACUGUCACCAAAACAAUCCUCAAAAGGGUUGCAGGCAUCUGUCCUGAGCUAAUCGACCGCGCAGACAAUGGUACAGAUGAAGCUCAUGGUUUCGAAAUUCGCCAGGUCUACGCCGCUCGGCGCCCUAUGCGACGGGGUGGUUUGCGCCUCGAAAAGGAGAUGUUGAGCCAAGGCAUUCCUAUUGUUCAUUGUUACGGCGCUGGUGCGAGUGGCUUCAAAAUAAGCUGGGGUGUGGCCAAACAAGUCGAACGCCUGAUUUCCAGCACUCAACUACUUGUGAACGACCCUUUGGAAACGUCAUGA